AUGGGCAAGGUCAAGACCGGCCGCAGACCGGGCGCGUCCGCCAACAACGACCGCACGCCCGAGCAGUGGACCGCGUUCGGCGGCGCGCCGUGCCAGAACCGGGUCGACCGCUGGCGCACGCGCCACGGCUUCAUCGGGCCCUGCUCUCACUGCGAGUACCUUCGCAAGGGUGGACCCGCAGGCGUGCUCCACCUGGCCGAGAUCCGCCGCAAGCGUCAAGCUGUCGUCGACCAACUCGCCGCCGACGCCGCAGCCGGCCUGCCGCCGCCGCCAAAGGUGCCGCUCCGCUACUCGAAAAUCACGAAAUGGCCCGGCGAGCCCGACAAGAAGAAGGAGAAGAAGGCCGAGGGCAAGGGCAAGAAGGCGGCAACGGCGAGCGACUCGGACGACCACGACGACGCCGCCAAGAUGAACGUGUCCAAGGAGGCGCUCGACGACCAGCCCGUCGACCAGACGAUCGAGACGCCCGACUUUUUCCGCGGCACCAACGUCCCGUUCCCGAAGGGCGACCGCGUCACCGUGCGCGAGGACCGCAAGAACGUCACGCUCCACAAGAUUUACGGCUGCGAGCGCGAGUUCAACCUGCCGCCGCCGUACAAGUGCAGCGACUGCGACGAGCCCAUGGACUACCAGAAGGGCGACGCCAUCCAGUACUUCAUCCGUCGCGGCCAGCUCAUCGUCUCGUACCACUACAUGGGCAACGCUCACUGCCGAGCCUGCAAGAGGAAGGCCCUUGGCGAGACGGAAUUCCCCGACGGCAGCGAGGCACGCGCAAAGGGGCGCAUCGCGAGCCUCAACAAGUUCCGCGACGACCCGCUCGCGUACCUCAACAGCACCGCCAAGAGCUGCCUCGUCCGCAUCCGCUGGCGCGAGAAGGACGACGAGACGCCCGAGGGCAAGCGCUUCGAAAACAACUUCAACAACGUCGCCGACGCGCAGCAGGCCAUCGCUGCGGCGCUCCUCAAGGCCGUCGACCCGGGCAUGGAGAACGGCGUCCCCGGCAACGAGCUCAUCACGUCGCGCGUCCUGUGGUUCAACAAGGUCGUCGUCAACGAGCGUCUCGAGGCGGUCAUGAAGAUCAAGUCGCGCAUCACGGGCCGCCCGAUGCGCUGGGGCGUCGACGACAAGAACCCGGCCACGGUCUCGCUCGACCGCAUCUACUCGGACCUGCAGUACCACGACGCCGAGCAGCUUCUGCAGCUCAUCGAGUGGGGCUGGAACUGUGCCUUCCAGGACGCUCCGCCCGAGCAGCGUGCCGAGAUGCUGCGCGUCUCGUUCGCUCCUCUUCGCAACGUCGCGAGCGCCGCCAUGCGCGUCCAGGAGUACCACACGCCCGAGAUCGACCGAGGGCGCCGUCAAGAGCUCUCGGGCACGAUCGAGGCGGACGAGGCGCUCGUCAAGUCGUACGGCUACAGCCGCUCGGACGCGCUCGAGCGCUGGGACAAGGCGGCCGACGGCCACGGCGCGAUGAAGGCCGUCUACGCCAUGCAGGCGAGGCGUCCGACGCGCCUCAACCGCGACGGCGUCCUCGGCGACACGGUCGACAAGCGCGAGUGGGCGGGCACGGCGGCGAGCGACGCCGAGCACGCCAAGGCGGGCCGCUCAUUCUUCGUCGCCAGCGGCCUCAUCUGCGCCGUCACGGGCUUCAAGGAGGACCACGCGCUCGGGCUUUCGCUCGAGACGGAUCGCCUCACCGACGACAUGGACUACUCGGCCGAGAACUGCGUCGUCAUGUUCAAGCACUGCAACCGCUUCAAGGGCCAGCUCCCGCACACCAAGACGCUCGCCAAGUUCCUCGCGUUUGUCAAGAAGGUCCCGCACCUCAAGGCCAUCUACGACGAGCAGGGCCUGCGCUACGCAGUCACGCAGUACGUCGCCGAGGAGAUGCAGCACGGGCCCGGCCUGUACCCGGCCGUCCGCGCCGACUCGUCCGCCUCGUCGCCCGAGGUCGACUCGUCGCUCGAGGUCGAGCCCGACACCGCCCCGAGCCGCUCGCCCUCGCCCGAGCUCGCCAUGCCCACCUCGACCGCCGACCUCGGCUUCUCGCCGCCGUCGCCUCGCCUCCCCGGCGCCUCGUCGCCCUCGGCCUCGUCGCUCGCCUCGUCGCUCGCCUCGCCUCUCGCCUCGCCUCUCGUCCCGACCGGCGGCACGCCCGCUCUCGCCCUCGACCCGUCCACGUUGUCGCACGACACGUCGUCGGCGUCGUCGAGCGGCGACAAGUCCGGCCUCGUCGCGCCGUCGCAGCCCGACCUCGCGCUCGUCACGGUCGGCGGCUCGCGCUCGAGCGCCGUCGACGGCGGGCUCGGCACGACGCCCUCGCAGGUCGACGGCGACGGCGACACGGCGAUGGCGACGCACGACGGCCUCGAGACGGUCGCGCUUCAGCAGUCGUCGUCUUCGGCGGCGGGUUCGACCUCGGGCUCGGGCCUCGACUCGGCCAACUCGACGUCGAGCUCGCUGUUCGGCCCGGUUCCCUCGGCGGCGUCGGUUCGCCGCAAGGUCAAGGCGUCGACGGCGUCGGCGGUGAGCAGCUCGGGCGGCCACGUCGCGAGCGGCUCGACGGCGAGGCGUCCGGCGCCGGUCGUCAACCUCGUGUCGAAGCACUUCUCGGACCGCACCAAGGCGCGCGACGAGCGCGAGAAGCUCCCGGCGCAGCACUUCGACAAGCGCGGCAAGCCGUACGCCCGCUACCUCCACCUCUACAAGCGCGACAAGCACGGUUACUGGUGCAGCGUCUGA